UUCACUUCCGUGUCACGCAGCUAACAUGGCGGAUAAAGAAAAGAAGAAGAAGGAGAGUAUCUUCGACUUGUCGAAAUACAUCGACAAGCCAAUUCGUGUGAAGUUUCAAGGUGGACGGGAGGCCAGCGGUGUCCUGAAGGGUUUCGACCCUCUGCUGAACCUGGUGCUAGACGGCACCAUCGAGUAUAUGCGCGAUCCAGAUGACCAGUUAAAGCUGACAGAAGACACCAGGCAGCUGGGGCUGGUGGUCUGCAGAGGGACCUCUGUAGUGCUUAUCUGUCCUCAGGAUGGUAUGGAGGCUAUACCAAAUCCAUUCAUACAGCAGCAGGACGGCUAGCACACAGUCUGUCACUCUCUGAGCUACUGACAGACACACACAGACACACACACUCACAAAUACAAACAUGCACACACUUUAAUAUUUUGCAAGUUGUUGUUUAUUUGGUUAUUGUUUUAAUUUUUUUAAACUGUAGCAGUGAUGUAUAAAACAAAGCACAUUUCUGUUGUUAAAAAUCAUAAGUUGAUCAGCAAGAGGACACUUGAAAGCACUUUUUGUUUCUAUCUGUGGUGUGCAAAUUUGCAAAGAUUUGAGUUCUAAAGAGCCCACAAGUUUGGAAAGUGUUAACAGUACCAUUUUUUCUUUUAUAUCCAGAAUAAGUCAACUUUUUACUCUUAUUUGUUUUUGAUAAGAAAAUAAAAUGAAAACAUAUGUGGA